UCAAAUCGAAGCAGCAGCUGACGGAGCUGUCAAACAGCCGACAGGAGGAGAGCGUAAGUGUCUGCUUGGCUGAAGCCAUGAGGACGACUGAGUUUGACUCCUCAUCUGAAGAGGACGAGGUUGGAGAGGAGCAGCUGACGCCCUUUCACAUCUCAUGGUUACCUCUGUCUAUAGUGGAGUGCUCGCAGUUUCUUGGCAUAUGUGCACUACCAGGCUGCAGAUACAAAGAGAUCCGCAGGAAUCUGGAAAGAGAUGUUGAGGAGCUCCAGAACCAGGGCGUGCAGGACGUGUUUGUUUUCUGCACCAGAGGAGAGCUUCACAAGUACAGAGUUCCCUCCCUGCUGGAGGUCUACCGGCAGCGAGGCUUCACAGUUCACCACACGCCCUUCCCAGAUGGAGACGCUCCUGAGCUGGAGCAGUGCUGCCAGAUUCUCGAGGAGCUGCAGGUCAGCCUCGAGGACAACAAGAGGACUGUGAUCCACUGCUACGGAGGCCUGGGACGCUCUGGAUUAAUCGCUGCCUGUCUGCUGCUUCAGCUCUCUCUGACAAUGACAGCAAACAAAGCCAUUGAAAUCCUCAGGGAGCACCGAGGAGGAGGAGCGAUACAAACUGUGAAGCAAUACAACUUCCUCCAUGAGUUUCGGGAAAGGUACGCGGCCUACCAAGAAAGCAGAGAGGUUUGCACAGAGCGCUCAGUGUCUCGGUGAUCAGUUCUCCUCCCAUCAGUGAACCGGGAAAAUAUCGAUCUCUUCAGACUCUGAUUUCUCAGCGAUUGUUUUCUGAUUGUGUGUGAAUUAAAUGUGUUCUCUGAUGAUUGCACUUUAACAGAAUACUCUAAUAUAUUGCUUUUUUUAUCCUCAUUACAAUCAAAUUAAAGGCUUGAUGAGGAAAAUCCUGCUGGGGUGGUGUUAGUAAGUUUAGAAUACAUUUUCUGCAUUUAUAUCACAUUUGGAGGUUUUGUUAUAAAUGUUGAGCGUAAGGUGGCCUGUUUUAUCUUUACUCGACUUUGAAUAGUAUACUUAUCAUUAAGCUAGAUGGGGGGGGCUUACCAUAUUUGAACUUUAUAGGAGCUCUAUACGACAUUCAUAGCCUUUCUAUGAGUCAGAGGUUGUCUGCAUCCAGCUCAACAUGAAGCUGAGUAAGCUAGCAGCUAUCAGCUAACGGUGCUAACACAUGAACAGUGCUAACAAUGGCAACACUGCAGAAACAGGUCCUCAGGAAGUGGGCCGGGUUUUGAAGCCAAUUAUGGUAUUGGUCCAACGGUGGGAUUACAGCAUCCGGGUUCGUCACAUGAUUUAACCAUGCGCCCCAAAAGACUUUCUUCCGAGAGAUUAACAUUCUGAAAGAGACAUCUGCAUAUCGGAUACUUUUCUCUCUUUUUUUGCAUCAAAACAACUCACUUUUUGGGAUUUGAGCCAUUCGGUCUGACAAUAUUUAGAAAAUCUUUUUAUUCCCAUUCAAGUUAGCAGAGGGCUAAACCGCAAGUUAGCCACUCGUCCGGCAAAGUUUCUUGUGCGAUUGCUCUAUGGGUCCAAUGAUGCGUAACAUCUGGCUAAUUGUAUACACUGGAAGUUGAACUUUUUUGGCUUCAUGCACCACUGAGCAACUUGGACAGGAAUGAACGGGACCCCGCCUCCAACGCUGUAUCCAGUUUACUUUGUACAUGGGCGUGCUGACAGAGCUAAUGGUGUUAACUCAGGGAUAAACCAGAGGGUGGGCUCUAUCCCGUUAUAAGUGGUAACUGCCAUAUAAGCGUCAUGUAGAGCGCUGGAGAUUAGCAAGCCAGUUGGAUACACUCACACACAAAGAACAAAGAACCGAGAAGCUCAGAUUACAACACAAAGCGGAAGCGUGACUAUAUUCUCUGCUCAUGACGCCAUUACGCCACCAUCUUUACACAGCUAAUAGCUGUUAGCUGCUAUAUAAGGCUCUGAAUGUCGUAUACAGCACCUUUAACUUUUUAUAAACAUGUAUUCAAUGAGCUGCAUUUUCUGUCAACCCUCUCUAAAUCUGCAGCACUGCAAACCCAUAUUGUCUAGCAUCUUGUUUUUCCUAGUAGCAUUUUAUUAGCCACUAGCAUGGCUAACAAAACUCUGAAUUUUGCCCGCUCAUGAACUCACUUCCUUUAAGGUGUGGAGUUGAAACAACAUUCCAGUCCAUAAGAGUGGGAUAGUUUUUAUUUAGAUUCAAAUAAACUCAAGUUGUCAUUGCCUAGAUGUGACAGGAUGGGAUCUAAUACAUAAAAAUGUUCAAUGUUACCUGUGUCAAAUGUCCAAUGACCAUCCCUUUCCCUGAUAAAUGUACACAUUUGAAAAUGGCAAUAAAUACUCCAGUAUUUCUGAAAACUUUUGUCUAAUGGCCUUGACUCUAAAAAACAACAAA